AUGACCGACCCCAUCGCCGACGCUGCGCAAAAGCACCCUGCGCCCGAGGGCCUCAAGUACACGUACGGAACUGCUGGUUUCCGAACAAAAGCUGAUGUCCUAGAUUCCGUCCUCACUCGCGUUGGUCUCAUUGCGGCGCUGCGGUCGCGGGCGCUCAAGGGCAAAUGGAUUGGUGUCAUGAUCACCGCUUCGCACAACCCUCCUCAGGACAAUGGCGUGAAGCUCGUGGAACCAAUGGGCAACAUGCUGCAAGAGGAGUGGGAGGUCAUCAGCACCGAGAUGGCGAACAAGACCACCCCCGAAGACGUCUCGAAAUACUACCGCGAAAUCGCCGCCCAGAAUAAGAUCGACCUCAGCAUACCGGCACGCGUCGUCGUAGCUCGCGACACAAGAGCUUCGGGUUCAAGGCUUCUCGGAUGCCUCGUUGAUGGUUUGAACAGCGCCGGUGCUGAAGUCAAGGACUACGGCUUUCUUACCACGCCACAACUACACUACAUGGUUAGGUGCUUGAACACCGAAGGUACUAAGGAUGCUUACGGCACACCUACCGAGAAGGGCUACUAUGAGAAGUUUGGUGCGGCGUUCAAGACUGCGCUGCGUGGAAAGAAGCCUUCUGGUAGCCUGACAGUCGACGGUGCCAAUGGUGUUGGUGGACCGAAGCUGAACGAGCUCAUCAAGUACCUCCCCACCAAGGAAGAAGGCGGUCUUGAGAUCUCCGUCAUCAACGACAACGUUAUCAAGCCCGAGAGCCUGAACGUCGACUGCGGUGCAGACUAUGUCAAGACCAAUCAGCGAGCGCCUCCUUCAUCCAAGGCUGGACCCGGCGACCGAUGCUGCUCUCUCGACGGUGACGCUGAUCGUGUAGUAUACUACUUCAAAGACGAGAAAAACGUGUUCCGACUACUCGACGGUGACCGCAUCGCGACUCUCGUAGCUUCCUUCCUCGGCGACACCGUCCGUCAAAGUGGACUGGCAGACAAGCUCAAGAUCGGAGUUGUGCAAACCGCCUACGCCAACGGCGCCGCCACAAAGUACGUCGAAGACAACCUCAAGCUCAAGGUCGACUGCACACCCACCGGCGUAAAGUACCUGCACCACGCAGCCGAAAAGCUCGACAUUGGCGUCUACUUCGAAGCCAACGGCCACGGCACCGUCAUCUUCUCCCACGACACUCUCGACACCAUCGAGAAGCACGAGCCCCGCAACCCCGGCGAGAAGGAAGCCCUCGACGUCCUGCGCGCCUGCAUCAACCUCAUCAACCAGUCCGUCGGCGACGCCCUCUCCGACUUCCUCCUCGUCGAAGUCGUCCUCGCACACAAGCACUGGGGCUGCCAAGAGUGGCUCUCUACAUACAGCGACCUGCCUAACCGCCUUCUCAAAGUGCUUGUUAACGACCGCACCAUCUUCAAGACCACAGAUGCCGAGCGCAAACUCACCAGCCCUGAGGGUCUCCAGUCGCAAAUCGACAAGGAAGUGCAGAAAGUGCGCCAAGGUCGUUCGUUUGCGAGGGCGUCUGGUACGGAAGACGCCGUUCGUGUGUAUGCUGAAGCUGAGACGAGGGCGGAGGCUGAUGACUUGGCGAGGAAGGUUAGUGAGCUUGUGAAGGCUGCGGGUAGCAACUAG